AUGGAGCUGGAAGACGUGGAGAUGUAUGGCAGCGGCAGCUACCUGUAUGAUGACAACAGUACCUUCAACAGCACAUUUGAGAACUGUCCUAACAUAAACUUGCCCGUCGUGUAUGUGGUCACGGAGUUGCUGUAUGCAAUUGUGUGCGUAGUAGGGCUCCUGGGCAACACACUCGUCAUCUACGUAGUGCUACGGUACUCCAAGAUGCAGACGGUCACUAAUAUGUACAUUGUCAAUUUAGCCAUCGCCGAUGAAUGCUUCCUUAUAGGCAUACCCUUCCUCAUCGUUACCAUGUCACGAGGCGCUUGGCCCUUCGGAAGAUUCAUGUGCAAGGCGUAUAUGAUAUCGACAGGCAUUAAUCAGUUUACGAGUAGUAUUUUCCAUUGCAUUAUGAGUGCAGAUCGCUACAUAGCAGUUUGCCAUCCUAUAGCGGCCCCGCGUUUCCGUACGCCCUUUGUAUCUCGAAUCGUAGCUGCUACAGCUUGGACAGCCUCCGCGCUCGUUAUGACACCUAUAUUUAUGUAUACCACCCUAAUACCAACCGAGAAUGGUGUUUCCUGUAAUAUCGUCUGGCCGGAGCGUGAUUUCAAUAAAGGAUCAAGAACAUUCACCCUGUAUUCCUUUGCUCUCGGCUUUGCGGCACCCUUAACGCUGAUAUUUAUCUUCUACUGUCUAGUCAUUCGAAAACUAAAGACGGUUGGACCAAAAAAUAAGUCCAAAGAGAAGAAACGGUCUCACCGGAAAGUCACUCGCCUCGUGCUUACUGUGAUAGCUGUGUAUGUAAUGUGCUGGCUUCCUUACUGGACUUUCCAAGUGGCUCUUAUUUAUUCGCCUCCAACAGAAUGUGCGAGUCGAAUAACGAUUACCGUAUUUCUGGUCGCUGCCUGCUUUAGCUACAGCAACUCCGCUAUGAAUCCCAUCCUAUACGCCUUUCUGAGUGACAAUUUCAAAAAGAGUUUUCUGAAGGCGUGUACAUGUGCCGCCGGAAAAGAUGUAAAUGCAGCGUUGCACGUCGAAAACAGUGUCAUACCACGGAAGAAGGGUGGUGGAACAGCGAGGGCUCAAAGCCGCGCGGGCGUUGGAGCGCGGCGCACAGGCGCGGCCGUGGCGGGAUCCCGUUCUGAAGCGUCGACUGCGGUGACGUCACAGUCAUUUGCCGCCUGUGAGCCUAUGCACUUGGAGGCACGGCCAUCUACUUUGACACCGCUAAUAACUCCCAACGGCCUUACUCACACGCGCCUCUGA